AUGAAGCACAUCUUUUCUAAAGCCACCAGGGACUAUAGGUGCCUUUGCAUUAGCAAUUCUGACUGUUGUAAGUAUCAUAGUAGGACAAAUAUAAAUUAGUGAGGCAUUUGAUUGUAGAAAUUACAGAUUUUUAUAUAAUUUUCCUCCUUCCUUAUGUUAAGUAUUAUUUCCUCAAUUGGCUCUCUGUUCCAAAGUUCUGUAUCUUGCUUCUUUCACCGUAAGACAGGAGAAUGUAAAUAUCAUUUCAAAUUUCCAUUGGGCUAGAAAAUGAAAACUAAAUUCUCUAAUGUCAUUCAGUUCCUAUACAUUGUAUGUUCUUCUUAGCCCAUAGGACUGAGUUGUGUGUGAGAGCAGAAAGAGGACUGUUGUGAGAAUUUUGGUUCCUACUUUGUCACUUGCCUAUUGUGUGUUUUCAAAAUUAUUUAACCUCCCUAGACCUCAGUGUCCUCAUCUGGGGUGAGGGUCUUACUGUAAGGUUCCUUCUUGCUGUAAAAUUCUGAGCUAGCUAAUUUUAAAAGCAUAAGUAUUACUAAGAGACCAAAAAAAAAAAAAAAAAAGAUUCCUUGAUUUAGAAAACCUGACACGCAGGGUUUUUUGUCUUCUCCGACUACUGACUUUCUGAAGCUUCUUCUCUGCAGAUGGUGGUGGUGUUGGUGGUGGUGUUUGUUCUGCCUUUGGUUUCACUGGUCUGUAUGAAAAGGUGUCAGGAGGCUUCUGAGCACGGGGUGUAUUCAGAUCUGCUCCAGCGGCAGGAGGCGACGAUGCUGGAGAAUCGCAAACUCACGGGGAAGAUAACAGAGCUGGAGAGGAUGCUGGCUGAGCUUGAGAAGCAGAAGUCCCGGGUUGAGGAGGAGCUUCCAAAGGUCAGGGAGGCAGCGGAGAAUGAGCUGAGGAAGCAGCAGAGGGAUGCAGCGGACAUCGCCCUGCAGAAGCUGCGGGCGGAGAGCGAGGCCCAGAGGUACCGCCGGGAGCUGGAAGCCGUUGAGGGGGAGAAGGAGGUGGCGCAGCGCGAGCUGGAGCGCGUGCGGAGGCUCACGGCCGAGGCCGAGGCCCAGAGGGAGGCCGUGGAGAGGAACCUGCGUGGCUUCCGGAAACAGCUGGAGGAGCACACCGCCAGCAGGAGGGCCCUGGAGAGCCACCUGAAGAGGAAAGACUCCAGCCUCCACGAGGUGGAGCAACAGAAAGAUAAGCUGAUGGAGGAGCUAAGGAGAAAGAAGGACCACGAAGAGGAGCUCCUGAAGCUGGUCGAGCAGAUGGAGAAAGACCUCACGUUCCAGAAACAGGUGGCGGAGAAACAGCUGAAGGAAAAGCAGAAAAUUGAAUCGGAAGCCAGAAGAAAAAUAACCGAGGUGCAGUAUUCGUACAAAGAAAACACGCUGCCAGCUUGUACGAGCACCCAGGCUGAGGAGCUGAAGCAGCAGGUGGAUGAGCUGACAGUGGCCAAUAGAAAGGCUGAGAAGGACAGGCGGGAGCUGAAGCAUGAACUCAGCGCCCUGCAGCUCAGGAAAACUUCAUCGGAGGAAAAGGCUCGCGUGCUCAAAGAAAAACUGGGUGAAACCAGCAAUGCACUGAGAUGCCUCAAGCUGGAGUUGGAAAGGAAGGACCAGGCAGAGGAGGGGUUCUCUCGGCAGCUCCGGGAGCUGGGCAGGCAGCUGAGCCAGACCACAGGGAAGGCAGAAGAGGUCAGGCAGGAGGCCAAUGACCUUAAGAGGAUAAAGCACAGCUAUGAGCUAGAACUGGAAUCUCUGCAGCAGGAGAAAGGGAAGCUGCAGAGGGAGGUGGACAGGAUCACCAGGACCCAGGCUGUCACCAAGAGGAGCAUCCAGCAUAUAAAUUCACAAGUUACUUCUUUGCAGGAUGACAAGGACUUCUCUGGCGAAAGAGCACGAUCCUGCCAGAGAAAGUCAGAUCACCUGAAAGAACAAUUUGAGAAAAGCCACGCGCAGUUGCUUCAAAAUAUUCAAGCUGAAAAGGAAAAUAACGAGAAAAUCCAAAAGCUUAAAGAGGAAUUGGAGAGAAGUAAUGACUCUGCAGACUCACUAAAGCACAAAGUGGAUGAACUCACCAGGCAGAAUAACGAAACCAAGUUAAUGAUGGAGAGAAUUCAGGCAGAAUCGGCAAACGUGGUCUUAGAGAAACAAGCCAUCCAGCAAAGAUGUGAAGCACUGAAAAUCCAGGCGGAUGGUUUUAAAGACCAGCUUUGUGCCACAAACAAACACUUGCACAAACAGACGAAAACGGAACAGGAUUUCCAGAGGAGAAUCAAAUGCCUGGAAGAAGACCUGGCGCAAAGUCAACAUUUAGUAAGUGAAUUUAAGCAGAAGUGUGACCAGCAGGACCUCAUCAUCCAGAACACGGAGAAGGAGGUGCAAAGUCUGAGUGCCGAGCUAAGUGCAUCCAAAGAGGAGAAACGCCUUGGGGAACAGACGGUGCAGAUGCAGUGGGCACAGGUGCAGGAUCUGAACGACAGACUGAAAAAGGUGCAAGAUGAACUGCACUUAAAGAUCCUAGAGGAGCAGGUGACCCACAGGAAGAUGGUUCUGUUUCAGGAGGAAUCUGAGAAAUUCAAACGUUCUGCAGAGGAGUUUCGGAAAAAGAUGGAAAAAUUGAUGGACUCCAAAGUUAUCACGGAACAUGAUAUUUCGGGCAUCCAGCUCGACUUUGUGUCUCUCCAGCGGGAAAACUGCAGGGCGCAAGAGAACGCGAGGCUCUGUGAAACAAAUAUCCGAGAACUUGAGAGGCAGCUCCAGCAAUAUCGUGAGCAGAUGCACCGAGGGCAGGAUGGGGAGGCAUAUCACUACCAGAAAUGUCGGAAGCUCACAGAUGAGCUGGUCGCCCAGAAAAGGGAGGUGGAAAACCUGAAGCAAAAGAUGGAUCAGCAGAUAAAAGAACAAGAGCAUCAGUUAGUGGUGCUCCAGUGUGAAAUCCAGAAAAAGAACCCAGCCUUCAAGACACAUCUUGAGAUGGCAGUGAAAGAGUAUCAGCGCCCAGGGGACUUCUCCUCCUCUCCCUCCGGGGCCGGGUCCCCUCUACAGAGGUGGACUCAGGAACCACAGCCUUCGGAGGAAAGAUGGCAACAUUGGGGUGCUGAACAGAUACAGAAGGAGGGCCAGGGCGGGCCGUCGGGGGCUCCGGUUGAGAAAGAGAAAAGUGAGCAGUGUUACUCUGAAUACUUUUCUCAAACAAGCACCGAAUUACAGAUAACUUUUGAUGAGAUGAACCCUGUUGGAAGACCGUCAGAAAUCGAGAAGCUAAGAAAUCAAGGUCUGUACAAUUCCAGACCCGCUGUCAGGUGUCAAGAUGACAAGUGUGAAAUAGACCUGGUGACGCUUCUGGCGCCCUUAGAGAUAGCUAAGAACAAGCAGUAUGCUAUGCACACAGAAGUCACGGCAUUAAAGCAAGAAAAGAGCCCAGUGCCCGGUGCUGAUGAAUGGCUGCUUGAAGGGUGCAGGGCACUGGGUCGACCCAAAAGAGAUUUUCUUAAGAAGGGCUCAGAACCAGAGACCUCUCAGAACCUUGGUGGUGGUCGUGCAUGCUCGGUCAGGGAUGAUGAGUUUCAAUUCCAAGGGCUCCGGCACACUGUGACGGCCAGGCAGUUGGUCGAAGUUAAGCUUCUGGACAUGAAAACAGUUGAGCAGCUGCGACUUGGCCUUAAGACCGUUGAAGAAGUUCAGAAAACUCUGAGCAAGUUUUUGACAAAAGCCACCUCCAUCGCAGGGCUUUACCUAGAAUCCACAACAGAGAAGAUUUCAUUUUCCUCAGCUGCCAAGAAACUCAUCAUUGAUAAGAUGAUGACUUUAGCAUUUUUAGAAGCUCAGGCGGCUACGGGUUUCAUAAUUGACCCCCUUUCAGGGCAGACCUGUUCUGUUGAGGAUGCAAUCCUUAAAGGUGUGGUUGACCCCGAAUUCAAAAUCAGGCUCCUUGAGGCAGAGAAGGCGGCCCUGGGGUAUCCAUGUUCUUCUAAGACACUGUCAGUGUUUCAAGCCAUGGAAAAUAGAAUGCUUGACAGGCAAAGGGGCAAACAUAUGUUGGAGGUGCAGAUUGCCAGUGGGGGCGUCAUCGACCCCGUGAGGGGCAUUCGGGUUCCUCCAGAAGUUGCCCUGCAGCAGGGGCUGCUAAAUAACGCCAUCCUGCAGUUUUUACAUGAGCCAUCCAGCAACACCAGAACCUUUCCCAAUCCCAAUAACAAGCGAACCCUGUAUUACUCAGAGUUACUGCGCAUGUGUGUCUUUGAUGUAGACGGGCAGUGCUUUCUGUUUCCAUUUGGGGAGAAGAACAUUUCCAAUCUCAAUGUAGCGAAAACUCACAGGAUUGCUGUCGUCGAUACUAAGACAGGAGCAGAACUGACUGCCUAUGAGGCUUUCCAGAGAAACCUGAUUGAGAAAAGUACCUACCUUGAGCUGUCGGGGCAGCAGUAUCAGUGGAAGGAAGCCACGUUUUUUGAGUCCUAUGGGCAUCCCUGUCGUAUGCUGACUGAUACUAAGACAGGAUUACAGUUCAGUAUCAGCGAGGCCAUAGAGCAGGGAACCAUUGACAAAGCCUCCAUCAAAAAGUAUCAGGAAGGCUUCCUCACACUCACAGAACUCGCUGAUUCCUUGCUGAGCAGAUUAGUCCCCAAGAAGGACUCGCACAGUCCAGUGGCGGGGUACUGGCUGACUUCCAGUGGGGAGAGGAUCUCUGUGCUGAAGGCCACACGUCGGAAUCUGGUUGAUCGGAUCACCGCCCUCCGAUGCCUUGAAGCCCAAGUCAGUACCGGGGGCAUCAUUGACCCUCUGACCGGCAAGAGGUACCGGGUGGCCGAGGCCUUGCACAGAGGCCUGGUGGAUGAGGGGUUUGCACAGCAGCUGCGGCAGUGUGAGUUAGUCGUCACGGGGAUCAGUCACCCUAUCAGUAACAAAGUGAUGUCAGUGGUGGAAGCUGUGAGUGCAAAUAUCAUAAGUAAGGACAUGGGAAUCCGCUGUCUGGAAUUUCAGUACUUGACAGGGGGGCUGAUUGAGCCCCAGGCCCAGUCCCGCUUGUCGAUUGAAGAAGCCCUCCAAGUAGGGAUUAUAGAUGUCUUCAUUGCUACAAAGCUCAAAGAUCAAAAGUCCUAUGUCAGAAAUAUCCUCUGUCCUCAAACGAAAAGAAAGUUGACAUAUAAAGAAGCCUUAGAAAAAGCUGAUUUUGAUUUCCACACAGGACUUAAACUCCUAGAAGUAUCUGAACCCUUGAUGACAGGGAUUUCCAGCCUCUACUAUUCUUCACAGUAGGACCUGUUUAUAGAACCAGAGUCAGGGGUGAUGCUGUGUAGUUCAUCUGCUGUGUCCACAGCUUGAUGGUGUGAGAUCCACGGCCUAGUAAUUGUGUGACAUGCUCGACGCACUGUUAAUUUCUUGAGGGCUGGAAACACCUGACUGCUCAGAAGAGGGAAUACUUUUAAUUUUUAAAAAUUUUUAAUUUUUUUAGAUUAAGCUUUAUCGGAAUGCAGACACAUUGUUGUGUACAUAUUGUCUUUGGCUACUUUUGGGUACAAGGACAGAGCUGACUAGUUCUAACAGUAACCAUAUGGCUCACAAAGCCUAAAAUAUUUGCUCUCUGGUCCUUUCCAGAACAAAGUUUGCUGUCUCCUGAUCUGGAAGAAUUUGCAUCACUCCUUUAGACUAAAAGUCAGGAGGCUUGGAUUUUAGACUCCAUUCUGCCCUAGAGAGAAUACUUCUAAAAUGGAAAAUAACAAAAGAUUUACUGCUCUUCAUAAUGGUUCCAUUUAGCUUUGAGAUUCGUUUUUUGACUCCUACCCAAACUAAAAUAAAAGUAUUUUACCUGGAAUGUGGGAUAAGCUUGAGGAGCUCCAGUGAGUUUACAGCAUCCUUUCUUCAGAACUCUGCAUCACUGCCUGGAUCCAGCCUGGCGUCAGGGUUCCCAUUUAUUAAAUGAUUCAUUACACUCACUGAAAGAGCACUUAAAAAAGAACCGUGGAAUCACAGAGGAAAAUGUAAACUUGUUCUCACAUCCGUGAGGCUGUAGUGUUCCAGAUUGCCUUGAAAAAUGAACAUUUUUAGUUUUUCUGUAUGUCGUAAUCUUUACAUAUUAUCUUUUACCACCAUCUCCCAUUUCUAGUUACGACUUUGUAAUUAAAAGCAGCAUUAUGAAUGGGUUACGUGUUGGAGGAGAGGGAAGGUCUUUCUUCGUUCUAUGUAUUUUUUGUUUUGUGUAGACUUUAUUCUUUCAGCUUUCCAUUGUCUGAUACUUUUGUGUCACUACAAUUAUGAUUGUAAUGCUAAUGCAAAGGCAGCAAGUCAGAUUUCUUCUAGUGCUUCAUGAAUAAAGUUGAGUUUUUAAAUGUGUCAUAUUAAUAGACUAGCUGGGAGGUUAGGCUGAUCAUUCAAGACUAUUUCUCACAGCUUGCUUUGCUACCAUAAACAUUUUGGAAAUACAUCUGCUACGUGACGUGUUGAGUAUGGUAAAAAAUGAAUAAAAUGUCUCGGUAACCUGUGUGUGAUGAAAAAAUAUUUUUAAAUCCUUGUUUUCUGUGGAGAGAUCACUUUAAUGGCUCGGUAAUUUACU